GAUGUCUUUAGAGAAGGAUGGUAGUUUACCAUCUACUCUUGACAUAUUGAAGAUUUCCUCGUCAAAAGCUUUAAGCGGAGGUAUUCCAGGGGCUCUUGCUAUGGUGAUACAAGUGUGCACAUUAAUGCCUCUUCGAACGACCUUUAAUUAUCAGUACCGUCAUGGCGGUUCAUCUACUGUAACAACGUUCCGUGUUCUUUAUAAUGAAGGGGGGCUUCGGCGCUUUUACAGGGGAGUAGCUCCAGCCUUAUUGAUGGGCCCUCUCUGCCGCUUCGGAGAUACCGCGGCGAAUGUGGGUGUUCUUUCUCUUCUCGACUCUUUUAAAAGUACUGAGGGGUUUCCUAUCGCUCUGAAGACGAUGGCUGCCUCUACAACGGCUGCACUGUGGAGAAUAAACCUAACCCCUAUAGAUACUUUAAAGACUACUCUGCAAGUACAGGGCCCUAAAGGGCUCUCGCUGCUGGGUGAGAAAAUCAAAAUGCGAGGACCUUCCAUUCUUUAUCACGGCGCUCUUGCGUCUGCUUCAGCUACGUUUGUUGGCCACUUUCCUUGGUUCUUUACUCAUAACCAGUUAAGCUCGCUAAUUUCUAAACCCGCCGACGAUCGUUUCUUUUUGAAACUAUCAAGAAAUGCACUAAUUGGGUUUAUCUCCUCGAUGGUUUCGGACACGUGCUCAAAUUCCAUCCGGGUGGUGAAGACUACUAAACAGACACACGAACAACCCAUAACGUAUCCUCAGGCCGUUAGCAUGGUGAUUUGUAAGGAUGGCGUUACAGGAAUGUUAUUUUCGGUUUUGUGGAAAUUUUUUGAAGAAAAGUUUGCUUUUGACAAGUAGCAUUGCUUGUAUGCUUUGCAUCGACCGUAGACCUGUUUGUUACCUUUGUCAUUUGAGUUGCCCUUUUACAUUUGCUUGUUAACUCUUAUUAUUUAGUAAAAUA